CUCUGACUGAACCGGCCAUCGGCAGCCCGCUCGGAGUGCCGGCGUACUCGGUGCUCCGACCAGGCAGCCUAGAGAGUAAUAACACCCUGUAAAAUUGAAGUAAAAUACAUAUCCUAUUGAUGCGAUGAGUCCAUAACUAUAGCCCAGCCUCCAAGACCCCCAAUCUCACUAUACCAUCACCAGAACAAUGGCCACAACACCGCCCCCCCUCAAAAUCAUAAUCGUGGGCGCCGGCAUCGCCGGCCUCACCCUCGCAAAAGCCCUCGAGGAGAUCCCGCAAUCUGCUUCAUCCCCACCCAUCGAGUACAUCGUCCUGGAGGGCCGCCCCGAGCUGGCCCCGCAGCAAGGCGCCGGAAUCGCGCUCGCACCGGGCGGCAGCCGCAUCCUCGACCAACUCGGCGUCUACACCGAGCUCGAAGACCAAAUGGCGUCUGUGUCCAGCAGUGCCGUACACGAUGUCCAUGGGAAAUUGCUUCUCCCCGCGCGCAGUGACGCUGCGCUUCUUGUUGGACGCCGCAUGGGGUAUCCGUUUGGGCUGGUGGAGAGGCGGAAUGUGGUUCUUGCGCUGCUGAGGGGGUUGAAGAGGAAGGAGGAGUGCGUCAUCACCGGAAAGAGGGUGAUCCGCGUUGAGCAUGAGGUGGAUCAGGAAAAGCCGGUGACGGCUGUCUGUGCGGAUGGGUCGAGGUAUGAGGGGGAUAUUGUCGUUGGGGCAGAUGGGGUGAGGAGUAAGAUUCGUGAGGAGAUGUGGGGGGCCGUUGAUAAGGGACUCUGUUGCUCCAAAGGGUUUGAUGUACAGAGGGAACGAGACGCUAUGACGGCCGAGUAUCGCUGUCUCUUCGGCAUCUCGUCGCCCAUUCCAGGUUACCCGCCCGGAUGCAGCGACGACACGAUCGGAAAGGACGUGUCGACCAUGGUCGCGACGUCCAAAGGGGGUAAGAUAUUCUGGUUCCUAUUCGGUCGCCUCGAUCGAGUCUACAAGCAUGGUGAGAUUCCGCGCUUCUCUGCGCAGGAGACUGCCGCGUUCGCCCAGCAGCACGCCAACCUCCCUGUGCAGGGAGGCAUCACCAUGGGCCAACUUUGGAAGUCCCGGCGUACUGCAACACUCGUGCCCCUGGAGGAAGCAGACUACAAGCGAUGGACGGCAGGCAGGUUCGUGAUCAUUGGCGACGGCGCACACAAAAUGACGCCGCAGACGGGGUCUGGCGGCAUGCUGGCCAUUGACCAUGCGGCGGCCCUGGCCAAUAUCCUGCAUAGGCUGAACAGUGCUCGGGAUAAUUCCAAACCCUUGACCACGCGUGCAAUUGAGAAUGCAGUAAGCGAGUUCGACACCCGAAGACGACACAUCCGAACCACGGCUCUGAUCCGGCAGGCAGGUGCCCUCGCCCGGUUGCAGGCCCUGCGAACCCCAUUAGACCAGAUUGCUGCAGCCCUUCUCUUCCCGCGUGCUGGCGAUGCCCGAGCCGACCAGCUCUGUGGUGAUGCCGUGGGCGCGGCGCGAAUCGAAUAUUUGCCGCUUCCCAGACGAUCAUUGCAAGGGACGAUGCCCUUCAACCCGGAACUGGGGAUCGGACUGGGCGAGUCAAAACGCGGUCGGGCAUUGCGCGCACUCCCAUUGCUGCUCUUGGCAUUAGGCGGGUUCUUGUCUAUGGCUGCAGUGGUUCCCCUGGAGGGCGCAGCGCAGGUGCUCAACGCAGGAGUGUAUCGCUGGGCUUCCUCCAACGGGACGCACGUCGAAGAUCAGAUCCCAGAGACCUUUUAUGGGGUUCCCAUGGUAGACGAGUUCGCCCGACUAGGCGUCAUGCGAUUCAUUGUCAGUCGCGCGCAUUUUAUGCUACAGAAUUUGUCACUGUUUGCCGACUAUGGUGUUUGGUAUGCCAUUAUGCUGGUUGAAGCCUCGAGACGGUCAUUGCGUCUUACCAUCAUGCAAUAUGCCCUUCUCUGGGGCCUCCUCAACCUAAAAGGCAUUGCCAUCUUCGUGCCGAUCUACUACUUUGCGCACUACAUCGUCAGCCCCAUGUCCGCGUUUGGCGCCCGCGACAUGCGCCUCACAGAUACAAACCUGAACAAGACCAUCCUGCCCGUGCUACUGCUCGCCCACUACGCACCUUUUCUGACAGCCUACCUCUCUCCGAGCCCGUCCACCCGUCAAACCGCCGCAUUUAUUUGGGAGUUAUUCCCCAUCUGGAUCGCCGCCAUGCAAUACGGGCUGUCGGACCUUGUCCCCAAUACAUCCCUCCAAGACCGCCUCAUGCCAAAUCCCACGGGCGACUUCCCCUCCAUCCGCCGGACCAUCAUCCCACUCGUGCUCUUCUCCGCCGCUGUCUGGCAGUACACCCUCUGGACAUCCCCUUCCAUUUCCGAAGCCCUGCAGCUCUUCAGCCCGAUCACAUCUGGGGUGGGUAGCAUGAAUUUCGCCGAGCUAUUCGCCGAAACGCUCAAAUGGGACCAGGUGUUCUUUGGAUUCGCGAAUGAGGUCUGGAUCGCGCUGCUGAUUUGGGAUAUGAAGAGGGCUGGGUAUAUCAGGCGUAGCUGGGUCUUCUUGAUUGGAUGUGCUGUGGCUGUGACCGUGCUUGGUGGGAAUGGAGCGCUGCUGGGGGUUGUGUGGUUGUAUCGCGAGGAGAUGUUGGUUGUUGGGAACCAUUGGGCGGCUGUUGUUGCUGAUAUGGAGGACAUGGCGAAAGGGUAGGAGAUGGAUGAUGUGGUGAGAGACGAGGGAGGGUUGGAGCUGCAGGGUGGGUGUUUUUGAUUGUGACAUUAGAAACUCCCAUUUCCCUUUCACAUUAUGGCCACUACAUAUUUAUGUGGCUAACCUAGAGGAUAAGCCCAAGAUUAGCUUUAAAUCGGUACAAAGUCAUAUUGGGCAGAGUAGCCAAUAUCAACCGCUGUUUCUUACUAAACGUGGUCAGCGCUGGGUUACAACGUCACCCAGGCGUGAAAUACAUGUUCAAGGUAGCGCAGAGCGGGCCAAAAAGGGGAACUGUGGGUUCAAGAGUAAGACGACUGCUAUGCUCGUACCUCAUCAAGAUAAAUAGAACGGCAAAGAAAUUGGAGGUAGCAAAAAACCCCAAAAGGGCUAUUCAUGCCCGUUAUUGAAAAUCAUAAAGCAUGUCCCGCACCCCUACCCCUCCCCAGCCACCCACCUCCUCUCGAAAACCAACCGAUAAUUUUGUUGCGACACAUAGUUCGUGAUUGAAAUGGAAAUCAUCGCGCCUCUUCAAACGGGUCAAAAGGGGCCCAAGGCGCCAGAACGUUGGAUCGCUGAGGCUCGUAGAUGCCAAAGCGAAUACCGAGGGGGCUGCAGCGCGUAGACAGUUCCGUCGCAUACUUGAUUGCGGGAGCAGCCCGCUCGGCAGGCGUCAAAUCCGGUAUUCGCCUGUUCGUAUCCAUCUCAACCGCCGUCAUAAUGCCGUCUCUGUCAGCCAAGGUGCUCAUAGUUGCGAUUAUGAGCUGGCUGAGCUGGGCCGGUGCAACGAGCACGUAUUCCAAACAGGAUCUUAGCACACUCUCCAGGGUGGUUUUGUCAAUCUCCGUCACAUGGAGUUUCUUGAGGGAGGAGGGGAGCAUGGCCGCGAGAUCUGCGAGAGUGUCCGCUUUAUACUGUCCCAGGAGAAAAUAAGGCACAUGGAGCAGCUCGAGCAGGGGAAAGGUCUUGAAAGUUUGCCAAUGCACGCCACUGUCACUUUUAAUAAUAAAUGUGGGGAAGAUAUCCAGCCAAAGUUCCUUCAGGCUGUGCGAAGCUAGCAAGAAGCCAGGAUACAACUCACGAGGGUUCAGAAAGUGCCUACGUCGAGAUCGCACGGAAUAGUGGUGUCGGUAUGACUCAAGGUUCGGACAAUGCCUGAUGAGCCUGUCGAGGUCAUAGACGCCGAUGGAGUAGUCAAGCCUGAUCUGAGUAACAGAUGAUGAUGUAGACUUGUACAUUGUCUCGUCCUCAUCAUGAAAGAGUCCAUCCGUCGUGAUGCGGCGUAGAGAUGGUAAGCCAAGGAACAUCAGCGUCCACCGCGUGACAUCUUGAUUCUUGUCCUGAAACUCGAGCCAUUGUGCUGAGACAUAAACCUCUUUCAGGCGCUGGAGCGCACCUAGCGAUGCGAUGGGCUGCGCCUGGGCUACUGCCCACUCGAUAACCCGCUGUACCCAGCCAACGGAUUUGGGAAAUUGCACCUCCAGUCGGAAGAGGUUAGGAACGAGGGUAAGAAUCAGUGCUAGCAAAGCAUCCGCAUUGCUGUUUCUGAGAUGCCUACACCACGUAACCGCCUCGUUCUCAACAGGGCACGCGGCCUUUGCGAGGCGACAGAGCAAGCCUAGUCUAUAUCCAGGAAAGUCCAGUUCCUCUUCAUGGGGAUCGAUCCAAACGUCGGCGGGAUUGUCUGUCGAUGGCGUGUCCCAUGCCUCCAAUGUGAGGCUGCGAGGGAAUGCGCGGAGCGAUGGGUUCCGGGCAAGGGUGUCUACAAGCCGCAUCAGCCCCUGAUCGUAGGUGUUUUCGAUAUUUUCGUAGAGAGAGGGAAUAACGAGGCUGUAAAAAUGGUGCGAUGUGAGCACCAAGGCUGCUUUAUCGGCAGUCCCGAGGUGCUGUGCGAUAAGAAGUUGGACUUCAGAUGGUAGUAGUUGCAGCAUUGUGAUGGCG